AUGAAAUUGGUGGCGCUGGGAAGAGACUUCCAGAGAUCGUCCCGCCCUGCCAAGCUGGAGCAGGUUACAAUGGAAUGUGUCCACCGCGGAGCCCUGGGAAGGCCCCACAGGGGACGGGAACAUGGCGCGGGCAGGAGAAGGGGAGCUCGGCCAGCCCGCCCCAGCCAGACAGGGAAGGGAAGGACGGGACGGGAGAGAAGGGGAGCAGAAGGAAAGGAAAGGAAGGGAAGGGAAGGGGAGCGAGGCCCAGCCCGACACUCACCCGCGCCUCACCCGGGCUCCGCCAUCGCGCCCCGCCCCGAGCCCCGCGCGCGCAGCGGCGCCAGGACGGCGGCCGGCAGAGGCCAGAAGAGCGCGGAGGGCGCGGCGCCGCCGCUUCGCCUCUGGGAGCGCGGCCUCACGGACUCUGCCUUGGUGUUAACUGGAAAACAGCAAUCCCAGCAAUCCUAUCCAGUUAGAGCGCUUGCGAUGCCGAUGUAUCUGAUCCAAACGAGUGUUGGUGGAUGGGUGUGUAUCUAAAAAGGUGCAGCACCAAUACCAGAAAAGAAGCACAAGUUCAUAAAUAAAGGUCUGGCACAAGGGACUGUUGGAAGUGACUCAGGAAAACACAACUUCUUUUCAAAGCUACUAUUAGGAAACUUCUGGAGAAUUAUCAGUAGGCAGGUUAAGCAGAUCCUCAACUAUUGCUUUCAUGUGAUUUAUUCCUACAAUAACAGCAUUUCUAUGAAGCUUGCAAGGACUCUGCUCCUAAUUCAUGAGAGGGAAUAAAUAAACUUGUAUUAUCCCAACUUGUAUUAUCUGGAUCACCUGCUGUGUCUCUUAACAUGUGUCUUUUAUUCUUGUUUCACUCUUGCUUAAAAAAACCCACUGAACUUAUUGUUGGCAUCAUAAAAAAAUGGGAUUGAAACUAUCUGAUGUCAAAUGAGUGUUUUCACUAAUAAUGAAAACAUUAACAGGUUUUAAGAAACAGUAUGACAGGCACCAAGAGUAAGAAAAAUUUAAAUAGCUGUAUACAAAUCUAAAGUCUUUAAAAAAUUUCAUUUUUAUUGAUUCAUUACCAUACAAAAUUUAUUCAAAUUACAUCCAUUUGAAGUGGUAAGAUCACAGCUAGAGAACAUGUCACCCUUUAAUAAAUCUAUUUACAAAACUCACCAUAAAAGCUUUUUUGUUGGUUUUUUCCUUUUUUUUUUUACAGUAUUUUACAGAGGUUUGUUUUGUUUUUUUUUUUUUAAACUAGCAUACAAUGCAAAGCUAAAUUAGAUUAGUUAUUUGCCCACACACACUGGGACAAGUGUUUAAUUUGUACAAAAAGAAGAUGGUCUGCAUUAGUCUUCAUUUUCUCUUCCCUCACAAAAGUGCCCCUUUGCCUUACAAAUCUUCAUGCUCACACAACUUUUAUUUUCCUCUUCCACAAGACGAAAACUUUAAAUACUACAAUUUUAUUUACAGAUCCACAUCUAAAAAAACUCUUAAAAAAUUACAAACCAGCUAGAAAAUAUUCUGGCAGUGUUUACAAAUUAAUUCUAUUGUACAAAACUGCUAGAUAACUAAAGUGUGAGUUGAGAACAUAUAUCAAAUUAAAUACAACUGCUGAAUGAUCUAUGCAAACAUUUGUACAUAUAAACACACACUUAACACUGUUUAACAGUUCUUUAUGUGUUGCCCUUUAUACAUUUGUUAUAUUCCAAAACCCACACAGUCAUACAGUUUCCUCAUUAGUACUGUGACUUCUUGCCUUUUCAUGUGUGAGCUUUCAUAGCAGCAACUCAAUGGUACCAGAAAACCUGCAUACAUAAUAUUCUACUACAGUACAAAUAGUACUAAUUUUCUGAGUUAUGUCAGAUAAGCACAACUGUAA